AUGUUCCCGUCGGCACCACGACCGGGAGGUUUCGCACAUCUCAGUCCUCAUUUGUGUGUGUACUCGGAGAAUCAGAUUGAUGUAUUCAAUGUGUUGUCGGCGGAGUGGAUCCAGACAAUCAAUCUCAGGACUGCCUUCCCUCUUACACCGAAUGGUCUUCUCUCGUUGUGUGUGGUGAACGAUGCGCCGUUCGUGGUGAUGCUAUGUGACGUCCUUUCUGAUGAAGAUUUGCUAUACGUGCCUCAUUCAUCAACGGCAAGCAACUCAUCAACCUCGCUUCCUAAGAGGAAGCAAGGAAAACGAAAAUUCUCCGUUCGUAUUCCGGGAAAGGAUGAAUCAAGGCCUGGUGAUAGGCGAAGCAAUCUUCCCAUAUCUGGUCCAAGCGACUUUAUGCAUAUCGUCCACAUGGGACCGGGCUCGGUUCAUGAGUUGCAGAGCUUCAUCGACUUGCAACCGCAAGGAGCACAUAACCAGUCAGCAGGAGAACGGGUUCGAGGUCUUAUCCCGAUAAUGAGAAGUACUAGCUCGUCGUCGGCUGGCACACAUGUAAAGCAGUUAGGUGGUUCCAAGCAAGACAUCGAGCAGAUGCACCGGACGAGGCCCCUCAGCACGACCAGUAAAAGUUCAGAAGGAUCCUCAUUGGGGCGAGAUGGUAACACCACGACGUCAUCUACAAGCUGUGAAAAUCCAUACUUGGAGCCGACGUCAAAGCAGCAAGCGAACCUAUCAGCACUUCCGCAAUCUCCAUCGUCACCGCUGAACAAGUCACAUCCUCAGUAG